CGAAGCUGUUUACGAUAUCACCCCGGGAAUAUUACAUGUACAACACUUGUGUAUUUGCCUCCAAAGCAUGUCCCAAUAUCUAAAACGUCCUCUCCAGGGAUUAAUGUGUUUUCUUUAGAUCUCGAGGAAUGCAGUAAUUACGUUGGAUUCAUUUAACGUUUCAUUGCAGCAGCUCUCGGAUUUUUAUCACUCAGCUGUGACAGUUUAAGGUAACUUAAUCACAUCUCAGCAAGAGAUUUGAGAGAACUCAUUUGAGGAAUCGUCAAUUUUCCACUGCGCUAAACCCACGGAGAAUUCGCUGCCUAAGUCGACGAAGCUGUACUGCUCUUGGCUAGUUUCAUUCUGUCGUUUCCAAGGUGAGAAUACAUGGUGCAUUUUAAUAAAUGUCGUCUCUAAUGUUUGAACAGCAACCCUUUAUUAUUUUUAUCCGUAUUGCUUUAUCUUCGAUUUAUCUGCUUUGAUGGUGACGUUAACGUCUGUCUGGUGCUGUCAGAUCUGAUGUAUGUAGAAAAAAAGUUGACGCAUUAAGGAAAGUGGCAGCACGCAAAACAGUGCGUUCGUUCUCUUUGUUUUUAAAAUAAUAAUGCGGAUUUAGUUAAUUGAACACCAUUUUAAUGCAACUCGACACUAACUCGUCGAAGGUGAAACUCAUCGAACCCUGAAAAAUAUCGGUGGAUUUUGAUGUGAGUAUUAAAUUUUGAGUUCUCUUUGCUGCGCAAAGCUAAUUACAAGCUUUGUUAAAAUUUUUAAUAACGGAAAGCCUUUGUGAGCUCAACUCAAUUUUGGCACUUGAAAACAAAGCUGGACCCCAACAACAAAGCCCUUGAUCGGUUUCGUAGAAAAUAUUGACAUAUACUGUGCUUUUUUACAAAUCGGUUAUUUUUUACUGAAAUUGUCCUGUGCAUGGGGUAUAAUAAGCGAUGAUCUAAAUAGACACCGACAUUUGUUUACGAUCGAUUUCUCCCAGCUGUUUAAGCCAUGGAAUUGAAACACUUUUGAAAGUAUGUGUAAUUAGCUUGGCUAAUUUUUUCGUAGCAUAUACAGGUAGACUUCGAUCAUUUACAUUUAAUGCCAAGGUGAAGAAGGCUAUGCAUUUGGCACAUUAUUGAAGCGUCUGAACUUAAGUACAUUUUAACUAGUAUGGUCCUUUCUUAUUCUUCUUAUUAUUAUUGUUUACUUUUUUAAUGGGAAUUUAGUUACCAUGAUAUCAAUGUCCUUUUAACAAUAGCGAGCGGUGUUCAUUACCGGAGAAAUUCAGUUUACCGAAAGUUAUAUCUUCGUCUUAGAGAUUCAAACGUAAACACCAUAGAGUUAUGACUCUCAGAGCAAAAAACAUCUUUGUGACAAAAUGUUAAAAAAUAUAUGAAUUGAUUUUUUCCUGAGUUCUAAAAUUGGCGACGGAAUAAGAUUUUGUUUAAGUGUUUGUGUAAGGUGAUCUUUGAUCCUGACCGCUGAUAGACAGAAGCGAGCCAAAGAAUUUUUCAGUGGAUCAUGCAAUUGGCAACAAUUAAGAUAAGCACUCCUUCUAGCAUCAGUCUAAAACUGGCUUAAGGUCUUUAAGAUGUUAAGCGUGCGGUAGAGCCAGUAUGAGCGGUCAAGAGGACUGUAUUUACGAAAUUUUUGCCUUGCGUUUUACAGCAGUACCAGCACGGAAGAAGAUAAGGUUUCAUUGAGCUUUCUUCAGGAAUUGUAGGUAUGUUGAUUUUACCACUUUGGUUGACGAUAUGUCUCAAUGCAAUGGCAGUCAAAUCUCGCCUUGCUGUACCCAGUGGCGGAUCUAGGGGUUGGGCCCGGGGGGCCCGGGCCCCCCGUAUUUUUAGACCAAACUGAGGCAUCUAAAGACUGAAAAAAAUUUGUUUGGAGGCCGCCCCCCCCCCCCAUCUCAGGAUCUGGAUGCCCCCCCCCCCUUAUCUGAAGGUCUGGACCCGCCACUGGUACCCCGCUAUAAUGGACACCCCAUAAUAUGGACAGCAGCUAAAUCCCAGGCAAAAAUGAAUUGCUUUUUGAGGUCCCUAUAGUGCCCGCUAUAAAGGGAGUUGACUGCACGUCUGCUGAUAGCCAAGAAAAUAACUAGUUUUCCUUCGAGGUUGGGGUAGGGGGCGGGGGGAAUGGGGGCUUCGCUGUGCCAUAGGGAUUAAAAGAAUGCAAACGAUCAGACGACUUCAACUACAAGUGGAGGUAGAGGUACACUAAUGAACACUAGGUGUUCAUUAGGGUACCUCUAAGCAACCCGCGGAUCUAGAAUAAAUAAUGACCGUUUUCCUAAACGAGCGUCGAAGGCUAAGUUUCUACGGGGGUCCGGGGGCAUGCAUUCCCGUGAAUUUUUUUUUAGUUUUUACUCCCUUAAGUCACCUUUCCUGGGUUUCUGAGUCAACUUUCAGUCAGGAUAUUGGCCAUAUUUUCACUUAUCUAUGAAAACUCUUUUCGUAGUCGUCAUUUCGUCCUGUGAUGUAGCGUGUCACAAAAACUCAGAUCCGAAAAAGACCGAAAAAAUGACGUCUGAGGGACGACUGCAGAAAUUCCAUACUGAUAGGUAUAGGUAUUUAUUUAUUUGCCACACGAUUACAAUGAUUACAAAAAGAUGCCAAAAAAAAAAAAUGUAGGAAGAAAUGGCGAGGGGGCCUAAAGGAAACAACAGAGCUUAUGUUAAUUAGGCCUGCUCAAUUACAAUUUUUCGAAGAUGGCAUAAAAAUUACGGCGACGGAUACAAAAUAAUAUCAGGUGGAAAAUUAGACUAAUCAAUAUUACGGAAGUUUACAAAUAUUGAAUAUUAAAAGGCUUUUUCCCAAGAUUUUUGUUGGAGUAUACUAAUAAUUAUUACAAAUAAAUGCCUUAAGUGCUCUUUUAAAGGAAAAGGGUGAGGAAGCGUUGAUGAUGUUGGUGUUUAAGGUGUUGUAAAAUUUAGGUCCUUGAUAAAAAACGGAAAAUUGUUUGGUUCGAGUACGACAGAAAGGCAGACGAAAUUUACACGAGUUUCUUGCAUUAUACGAAUAAAUUUUGACUUAGUAAGGUAAAUUUACAAUGAAAUUUUGAAGGUAGAGUAUGGUUUUGAUAGGAGUACAUGAAUAAGCCUAGUUGUAUUAAGUAUAUAUCAUGAAAUUUUAAGAUACUGAUGACGCGUUCACUACCCAGAUCUGGGUAGUGCUUCUGAUUGGUCGUGUCGUAGGGGAAAUGUGCUUUAACCAAUCAGAAGCACAACCCAGAUCUGGGUAGUGACGCUUCCUCAGACAUCAUUUCGCGGGGAAAUCAGUGAUGAUGCGCGAAAUGUCAGCUGUAAUUUUUAGGCUACUGGGGCCAUGUGAUAGGGUAUCUAGCCGAGAAAUGUCAGGAAAUAUAUUUCUGCCAGUUUUAGUACACCAGAAUUAGCUCCUCUAACUUAAAAAUUAAAAAUGAAUUCCAGACACACCUGCUUUCAGUUGUAUUAUCGAAAUUUUCCGACAACUUCUUCUGAUUUUUAUAAGCAAUAUUAUUCUACCACCGCUAAGUAGGCAGCUUUAGACACAAUAGAUAUGACGCAAAAAAAUUAUCGCUCAGGAAACAUUUAUCGAAAGUCAUCCCCUGAUAAAAAAGAUAAGAAUGGUUAAAGUCUUUAAAAUUUCCCAUUUUAGAUAGGUACUUAACUUUGUUCAGUUAUCAAACCCACGGGGGCACUUACUUGGCACCUUUCUUUCCGUCAGUCGACAUUCUACAUUUUUUGAACUUAUUUUACUGAUAUUUUAUUUUUAUUAUAUAAUUCUGACAGUUUUAGUAAUUUGUUACACCGGAACUGGCUCCUCUAACUUAAAUAAAAAUGAAUUUGAGACACACCUGCUUUCAGUUGUAUUAUCGAAAUUUUCUGACAACUCCUUCUGAUUUUUAUAAGCAGGGACACAAUAGAUAUGACGCAAAAAGUGUAUCGCUCAGGAAACAAAUUGAAAGUUAUCCCCUGAUAAAACAGAUAAGAAUGGUUAAAAUCUUUAAAAUUUCUCACUUUAGAUAGGCACCUACCUUUUUUUAGUUAUCAAAACCACGGGGGCAUAUUCUUUCCAUCAAUCGACAUUCUACAUUUUUUUGAACAUAUUUUACUGAUACGGUGAUGGUUAUGAUGUUUUGUUGGCCAUGAUUAAAUACGAAUGAUGGCAACAUAUUGCUUAUGACCUUAUCGGAUUCUUUAACCCUUUAAGCCCUAAGAGUGAUCAGCAUGAAAUUUCUCCUUAUUAUAUCAAUGUUUCAGAAAACAGAGUGGUCAUGAGAAUUGGGUACAUGAUCAGGGAAGAAGAGUCUAACUGAUAUUUCAACGAAUUCUCCCCUCUACGUCUGUUGAAAAAGUACAGGGACAGUAAAUGAGAAUCCCAAUUUUGAUAUUAUGGUUUAAAGGGUUAAACAAAAUCAUAUCACAGAAAACUUGAACUUCUCAGGUGGUGAUAAAAUACAGUCGAAUCCCGGUAACUCGAACACUCUAUAACUCGAACCUCCCGCUUACUCGAAGCAAUUUAGAUUUCCCUUCAGAUCUCUUUCUAUUUAAUUUUACCCUCGAUAACUCGAACUCCCGGUAACUCGAACUAUUUUCUCUUUCCCUUGAAGGUUCGAAUUAUCGGGAGUCGACUGUAACAGUAUUUUAUCAAUAUUUUCAGAAACACGUUUUCAAUUUAGGUGUGGUGUGUAUAAGGUGUGUCGCGAAAUCUCUUAUUUCCGGACGUUUUAGCCAAACACAGUGCUCCUCUAGUGAUCAAUUGCCAGCAAAACUACUUAUUUUAUCAUCCGCCUUUAUGAGAAGCCUGGCUGCUUGUGAGCAGUUUUCAGUUGUAUUUUGCUCCUCUCAGUCUUUCUCGUAACAAUUAGUGCCAUACUUACAUUUGCCAUAGUUAAACAACAUUAAUGGAUGUUGGGAAUAUUUUUAAUCAAUCAAUAACCUGAAUCGACCAAGAUAACUUGUUUCUUGUACACACAGGAAGUCUAUACACUUCUAUACACUUCACUAAUCACCGUGUGUGGAUGAAGAUUAGAUACUAUGAAAUUAAUAAUAAAUAUAUUAAUAAGAAAAAAACAGAAAUAAAAACACUUUCGCUGAUAAAGCAACAUUUUUAAGUCUUUUUGACAACAAUUUACCUAAUGGUCCGCCAUGAUAGGACAUCAAAAGUUCAAUGUAGUUUCAUUAACAUAAACUAUGUAAUAAAAUAUUAAAAAGCGAAAGCAUAAUUGUGCUACAGCAUAAUUGCCGAAAUCUUUGCUAUUGUCUUCGAAUCUUUUAAAAAGAUAUCGUUUCGAAACCUAAUCUAAGAGAGUCAUACUAUUACCAUUAAGGGAUGAAAAUCCCAUUGCGUUGGUCGCCUUUUAGAGGGAACUUUAUAACAAACCCUUAUAAUGACAUGGAACAUUUCGCACUUAUUACUAGCCAUGAUGGCGCUUUAAAUGAUCAGCGAUUCAAAAAAAAAAUGUAUUAUUACGACACAUGCAAAUGUCAUUUGGCCUUUUAGCGCUCAGAAUGAAUUAAUUCUGAAUUUUUAGUUGUCAAUGUAUUCAUGCGGAAAAUUCCUGAGUUUACCAUGUUGACUUCUACAUCAACUCGUUUCUUUUUGAUGCAGGUAUAAUGUCGUUUAAAUUCAAUAAGAAAGCCUUAGUAACAGGUCUGAGCUGUGUGGAAGCAGAUAAACGUAUAGUUUACGCUCAAACGAUCAAGAGAAUAUCAUCACAGAAUGCAGUUUUGGUGGACGGAAAUAUUUUUUGCGUCGACAUUGGAGCAGCUGCUUUAAAGAAACAACCGAAAACAGAAAAAGGCUGGUUACCUGAAGAAGUGGAAAAUGCAGGCAUAAUUCCCGGCACGAUAAUUACAGUAAACAGCAAAGAGCGAUAUGUUAAAACCGAGGUUUGUACAUUUAUAAACUUCAGCAUUUCAGUUACUAAACCACAAAACCAAAAUAAAGUAAAAUUAACUGGCUUCCAAUUGAAGGUAAUUCACAAUUUUGACAUGUUGCUAUUUUUCAUUUGUUUUAUGUAAAUCAUAUUUUAAUUUCUUCCUUUUUAUAUCAACAAUUUACAUACAUUUAGUGCUGCAAUUUUUUUUAGGAUGAAAUAAGCAGUUAAAUAAGAAAUGCGAAAGGUUGUUUUUUCUCAAAUUUUACAUCCGUUUUUGUUUUUAUUCUAUUUUUUUGCUUUGAAUUUUUUCAUAGGAUAUUACUGACACAGGAAGCGGAAAACGGGAAACGAGAAAUUGAAAUAUGGGAACAAAACCGAAUUUUAACCCUAGCCCUUUUUACGCACCAUAAAUAGUUUAUUCCAGCACUUUAUGGCACCUUUAAGUAAUUUUUAAAUGCUUUUAAAAACUUUUUGUCUCUCUUCAUUUACAUACAUUUAGUGCUGCAACUUUUAAGGAUUAAAUAGGCAGUGAAAUAAGAAGUGCGAGAGGUUAUUUUUUUUUUCAAAUUUUACACCCGUUUUUGUUUUUAUUCUAUUUUUUUGCUUUGAAUUUUGUAAUAGGAAGUUACUGACACAGGAAACGGAAAAGGGAAAACGGGAAACGAGAAAUUGAAAUAUGGGAAUAAAACCUAAUUUUAACCCUAGCCGUUUUUACGCACCAUAAAUAAUUUAUUCCAGCACUUUAUUGGCGCCUUUAAUUUUUUAGAAUGAUUUUAAAAACUUUUUGUCUCUCGCCAGCAAGAGGUGGUUGAUCACUUGAAGCUGCUCAAGUUGCAGGCGUUCCAGCUAUUUUGUCCCGCGUUAGAGACUGCAUCAGAGAACAAUCUCUCAGAGAGCGCAUACCCGAGCGCCUUUAUUGACCAGACACGGCGCCUUUGCUGCGCGACUCAACCGACUCCAAACUUACGUUGGGUGCUGUGUAAAAACGUAUCACUGAUCUACAAUAAAACUAAGGGACAAGCAGAAGCCACAGUUGUCGCUGUCGACAUUAUUAAAUUGGAACAGUCCGGGAGAUUAGUCACAACUUCCAUUCAACAAACUGUAACUGCAAAAGUAAAUUGCCAAGCUUUUCUGUGCAAGGUUGGGCCUCACAAUCCUGGUCCUAUAUGUUUUAGCCCGGCUAUCGCUCUAGUAAAGAUGGGGGAUAAGGAUGUCCCUCCACCACAGCCUCGAUCAUGGGCAGAGAUCGAAACUCUACUUGUUUGUUAAUUAAUACAAAAUCUUUCCGUCAAAUGUACACAGCGCUUCCCUGCCCAACUUCCAUGGAUGAUUCACUCUGUCACACAGACGCUGUCUCCACUGCGUUUCGACUGGAAGAACAAUGUUGCUAUUUUUCGACGAUUCCUGGCACACGUUUUUAUUAACGUCGUGCAGAGAAUGAUGCAGUCUUCACUAGAUUGUAUCAGGGUUUAAAAACAUUACAGAGAUUCCACCAGGAAAUAUUUGGGGCCGUUUAUUUCGAUUUGAGCAUUUAGGUUCUCCGCAC